GUUAAGUGUGUAUAUAUGUAUAUAUACUGUAGAACUCAACCAUCUCCCGCUUCAAUCCUGUUCUUUUUUCCCCUUUUAUCUUUGUCCGUACAACUUUUAUGAUCUGCUCCUUUCUCGACUCCGUUGAAUCUCAGGGUUUUCGGUCUUCAGCUCUUCGAGCUAUGCUUAGAUUCGAUUGUACCCCCUAAAAUCAAAGACAGUGCUUUCUCUUCAUUUCCCCAAGUAUUGUGAAUUUCUCCUAAUUCACAGAGAAAGCCUCAAACCCCUAAAUAAAGUCUCUAUCUAUCAAAUUGGGUCCUCCGGUCAACCCGAUUCGCGGGUUCCAUGCUCUUUGUCGCUAUCAGGGAAAUUAGAAAGGAAACAUUGAUCGAAGUUCAUUUCAGAUAAGGUUUCUUGAACUAGUUGCAGCUGGUAUUGAAGCCUUUCGAGGCAUUAAUAAAAACAAUGUUAAGCUCUGGAAAUAAUUUAAGUAGGAGUACCGCAGCAUCCUCCAAUGUGCCACCAUUGCCUCAAUGUUUGCCAUUAGAGCCUAUUUCGUUGGGAAAUCCAAAAUAUCCACGCCCAGGAGAAUUAAGGCGGGCUCUUGGUGUUCCCAGUACUUCCGAGAAUCAUUCUUUCGGAGCUUCUCAUCCUAAAGCUCCAGCUCCAGUUGGAAAGGAUGAAAUAAAGCACUUAAAAGAAACUGUGCAAGAUGCCUCUAAGAAGGCCAGGGAUAGGGUAAAAAUGUUUGAUGAUUCACUGUUCAAAUUGGACAAGUAUAAAGAAGCAUUAACUUCAAAGAAGCGGCAAAGAAGCGAUCUUUUAUCGAGUGAGAGGUCCAGCGGAAUAAAUUUAAUAAAAGGUGGGAGCCAGAUUCAUAGAACUUCUCAUGACACCAUGGUCCAAAGAAUGGAAGACAGAGCAAAGAAUGGCUUGUUGAAUAAGCGCAUUCGGACAUCAGUUGCAGAUCAACGGGCAGACAGUCGGUCAAGCAUCACCUCAAGGCAGCAAAUGUUUGCAGAUAAGGAUGGGACCCUUCAGCCUGUCAGUGGGAGCUCUGGAAGAAUUGAAGAAAAGACUCGCAGAUUGCUUGCUGGGGGUGAAGGUUUGGAUCAAAAGAUUAAAAAGAAACGCUCUGUGGGAUCUGUAGGUAGCAGACUUAUCAAUGCCGAUAGGGAUAUAAAACGUGCUGCUCAUUCAAAGCUGACUGCAGAGGCUAAAUUACGAUCUUGUGAUACUCAUGGUUUCAGAUUGAAAUCUUCGGCUGGAGUUGGUGGAAUCAACAAGUUAGAUAACUCAUAUGAGCCCAGUAAUUCAGAUUCCAGUACAGUUCACAAGAGUGAGCACGAGAGUACCACACUUUCAAGGGAUCGUAUGCCCGUUUUAGAGCAGCAGAACAGUUUGAUUAAAGGAAGCAACAAGCCCAACAUGCAACAAAAUAACUCUGUAGCCAGUCCUAGUCCAGUUCCGAAAGGAAAGGUUUCCAAGGUACAACGGAUUAGUUCUGUAAUGGCUCUAGAUUCAUCUCCCAGUGCUCGACCAUCUGGAACUUUCCAAGGAUGUGAACAGCCAACUGUUUUAAGUAAAGCUGCAGUGUCGGGUAUUGCUGUUAAUCAGAAACGCCAGGUAUCUAUAGGUUCACCUAUACAUCCUAUGACUCAGUGGGGUGGUCAGAGACCACAUAAAAAUUCGCGUGCAAGGCGAACAAAUUUAGUUUCUCCUGUUUCCACCCAUGUUGAAACUCAGAUUUCAUCUCAAGGCUUUGGUACUUCUGAGUUUAUUGCAAGAACUUCCUCUGUUGGAACUACUGGAUCUGUGCUGGUGAGUGAUGUAGAUAAUACUAGCCCAAAAUUUAAAAGUGAAACUGAGAAUGCCACAUCAUUAUAUGGGUUAUCUGAAAGUGAAGAAUCAGGAGCUGGGGAAAAUAUGUUAAAAGAGAGGAAAAUUAACAGUGGGGAAGCUUCAUUGACCACCUCUCAUAAAGUUGGAGGUUUUGUAUUGCCUAUGAAGAAGAAUAAACUUCUAGUUAAUGAAGGUGGAUAUGGUAUGCAAAGACCCGGAAGAAAUGGAAGAGGACCAUCCUUGUCAAGACCAGGAAUUCCUCCAGUGAAGGAGAAGUCUAAGAAGAUACUAGCAACAGAGCCAAAUCAAGAUGUGAUGCUCUCUCCUGAUAAAAAUAGAAGUAAAACAGGCCGUCCACCGUCAAAAAAGCUGAAAGAGCGCAAGAAUCUGACUCGUCUUCGACCAAUGCUAUCUAAUGGCAGCUCAGAUUGCACAGGUGAAUCUGAUGAUGAUCAUGAAGAACUUUAUUCAGCUGCCAAAUACGCUCGUAAUUCUAGCACUCUUGCCUGUUCUAGUGCAUUUUGGAAGAACAUAGAAUGCAUUUUUGCAUCUAUAAGCUCAGAAGAUGCAUCCUACUUGAAGCAAGAGCUAAGUGUUGCCGAGGAGCUUGAGAAGAGUUUGUCCCCAAUGUUUGUCGAUGAAUUCAAAGUUUUGGGUGUUUCCGAUGAGGGAUUUGAAAAUUGUUCUGCGAACAGAUUCGAUGCUGUGUGUGGAAAAUCUGACAGGAGAAGGUUUGAUAAGGUCACUCCAUUGUACCAAAGGGUUCUUUCUGCUUUGAUAGAAGAAGAUGAAGGUGAUGAUUUUUUUCACCAGAGUGAAGGAAAAAUCACCUAUUUGCAAUAUGCUAGUGAUGAUUCUCAUUGUGGCUCAUGUAACCAAAUUGACAUUGAAUCCAAAGAUAAGGAUAGAAUUGAAAGUGAGGUAGAGUCAAAUCUUGGUUUUCAGUCGCAGAAAAACUGCUUGAUGGACAGACUUUCUUGUGAUAGUAGUGCUGCAACUAACACAUUAAGGAAUCGUGGAUAUUCAAGUUCUUUACACAGCAAUGAGCAGUAUCAUGGAGACUAUGAUCUUUUACAUUCUGAUGUGGUGCAUGUUGGUGAAAUAAGUUCGAAUAAUUUCGGUCAACUACAAUCUCGAGAUAUGGAAACUGCUGGCUUUCCUCCAUCUGACUGCCAGUAUCAGUCAAUGUCUGUAAAUGACAAGAUCCUCUUGGAGCUUCAGAGUAUUGGCUUAUCUCCAGAGAUACUGCCUGAUCUGACAGAGGGAGAGGAAGUUAUUAACGACGAUAUAAUGGAACUCAAGGAACAGCUUCAUGAACAGGUUGCUAGAAAGAAGAGAAAUAUGGGGAUAAUUGAUAAAGCUGUUCAGAAAGGGAGAGAUGUGGAAAGACGGAAAAUUGAACAAGUAGCAAUGGACAAACUGAUUGAAAUGGCCUACAGAAAACGAACGGCGUUCCGUGGUAAUAAUGCUUCAAAGGGCGCUGUCCGCAAAGUUCCGAAACAAGUUGCAUCAGCUUUUGUCAAACGUACACUUAACCGAUGUCUGAAUUUUGAGGAACAUGGCAAAAGUUGCUUUAGUGAUCCUGCACUUCAGGGUGUAUUGUUUUCUUCACCUUUGUCCAACAACGAUACGAAAUCUGUCGAAUGCAUUGGAUCAGGAACUGCUAGCAACACGUGCAAUGAAGUUUCGUAUCAACCGGAAGCUAGAGGAGCAGGUGGGGUUUCUUGUGCGUUCGAAAGACAUGAAUCCCAUAGUGAUAAUCUUGAUAGAGGUUCAUCAGAGGGUCUUCCAACCGGUAUCCACUCCUCCGAGCGAGCUUCUUACAACCACGGCUUCACUCCCAACAGAGUGAAGAAGAGGGAAGCCCUGAUCGACGACGUUGUUGGAAGUGCUUCUUCGAGGGUGACUUCAGCUUUCGACUGCACUAUUCCCGAGGUAAAGGGAAAGAGAAGCGAUCGAGAUAACUUAAGAACCAGUUCUCUGUCUGGAGGCGGGCGCUCGUCUUUGGACAGCUCCCAAACCGAGCGCAAAACAAAAACAAAGUUGAAGCAAAAGAAUAAUACUCAAAACGGCAGGUUCAUGGAAUCAACAGACCCUUCCGGUGGAUCAAGUCAGUCGAUGAUCAAUGGCAAUAGAAAAAACGAAUCGACAUUGCCCAGAAAUACAUCGAAAGAUCCAGUGGAACCCGCGGUUUUUCCUAAUUUACAGUUGAAUGAAAUAGAUCCGAUGGAAGAGCUAGAGGUCUCCCGCGACCUCGGCGGAAAUCAAGAUCUGAGUACAUGGUUGAACUUUGAAGAAGAUGGGUUGAUGGACCAUGACUCCAUUGGUCUGGAAAUACCAAUGGAUGAUCUUGCAGAGUUGCAGUUUAUUUAGUCAGUCGAUGUAUUAGUACACAACACAGUACAACCAAUAAAAGAAAACCCAAAAUUUUUAUUAAAAAAAGAAAAAGGAGAGAGAGAGAGAGAGUAGAAAUUAAUUAGAAGAUUGUAAAUAUAAUUUUUAGAGUUUGAAGGAGUAUUAUCCUUGGAUAUCUGAAAUUCAGUGGCAAGGAUCAUACUACUUCUUCUCAUGAUACUGUCUGUAUUUGUAUAACAGCUCUCAUAUAAGGAAAGUUUCUACUGAUUUCA